GCCGGGGUUGGUUGACUCGGUCUUUGGUGGAAAAGGCAACAUUAUGAUGGACAGAGAUACACUGCUGCUAAAUAUACAACUCGUUGCGGAAAAGAAUCCUCAGGUUGACCACUCGAUCUUUUUGUACCACCUUCCCUGAAGCUGAGGCAAACUACUUUACCUACAGCAAGCAACAUUUUUUUCUCAUACCUUUCUUUCCCUUAUCUUAAUAGAAUAGAAAUAUAGCACGCUCUUGGUGUAUGUGGAGCUGUUGUUUUAUGACUCCUAUUCAUAUCUUCAUUUGUGGCAACUUUUUCUAUUUCUAUUCAACUUAGUUGGGUUUGUGUUUGGGUUUUUAAUCUCUGCUUGUUAGAUAUUAUGAGCUCGGACACACGCUUCUAUUUCUUCUUCAAAUCGCUCAUAAUUUCGUUCAACCGUUGCUUCUUGUUCACCUUUCUUAUCUACGGUACUGCUGCAAGGAAACUCCUUGCUUGUUCCUUUCAACUCUCUGCUUAGUAGUGUUUUCGUUAUUGCUUGGAGCAUGGAAUUCUUCUUUCUCUGGUAGCAAAGGAGGAAGGUUGCUUGCUUAGUUACUGUUUUAGUUCAAGGAUUGUGAAGCUAUACCACUGUCACUUCUUCGAACGUCUUUAGAUUAAUGAAUUAUUUCCAUUUCCAUUGAUCGAAAAAAGUGACAGGGACAAAUAGAAUGGAAUAGAUGAGGAUCAAUCUAUCUGUUUCAUACAAGUUAAUUUUUAAUUUCUACGAGUAAUCAUACUUGGUGUUCAAAGUGUAAAUUAACGGAACAUCCAAGGAACUCUACCAGUAUGGGAACUGAUAGUGGUGAAGAAGCGGAGUCAUUACCAAAUCCGCGCUCCUUCAAGGUGCAUAGUAAACUGUGCGUGGAACUCAUGAAAAUACUAGCAAGAGUUUUGAGGAUAUUUCCGGCAAUAGAGGAGGCUCGGCCUCGAAGCUCGUCAGGAAUAGAGUCUCUGUGUUUGCUGAACAAUGCAAUCGAUAAAGCCAAACUACUACUGCAGCAUUGCUCUGAUUGCAGCAAACUCUACCUGGCUCUGACAGGGAAUGCAAUACUUCAAAGAUGCCAAAAGGCAAGAAAAUCAUUAUUGCAAAGCUUGAUCCAGAUUCAGGGUAUGGUUCCAGUUAUUUUAGCUGCAGAGGUUUCUGGAAUAAUCGAUGAUCUUGAGUGUGCCACAUUUGUCUUAGACUCUGCCGAAGAAGAGGCUGGAAAGGUUGUUAAGGAGUUGCUUGAGCAAGAUACAGAUACAAUGGACGGUUCUGCAGUAAAAGCUCUUCAGUUUGCAGCACCAAGACUUAACAUUACAUCCCAAAAGGCCAUCUUAAUAGAGAAACGAUCUAUUAAGAAGUUGCGAGAUAAAAUUGGAACCAAUGACCAGAAAAAGAAGGCCAUUUUGAAAUUUCUUUGGUAUAUACUGGACAAGCAUGGAAAUCACAUCAUUGGGGAAGAAAUGGAGAAGGUCUAUUCCAAUAAUGAUGAACCAAUGGCCACUGAGAACUCUAGUCGCCAUUCUCAACAAAGGCAUCAACCUGAGUCUGAUCCAUGCUUGCACUAUGACCAAUAUAGAAAUCAGACUGAUGAGUUUGGUAGAGCUACACCCCUUGAGGAGUAUAAGUGUCCAAUAUCGUCAAGAUUGAUGUAUGAUCCUGUUGUCAUUGCAUCUGGUGUUACAUAUGAAAGGAUGUGGAUACAAAAGUGGUUUGAUGAGGGUAAUGAUACAUGCCCGAAAACUAAAAAGAAACUAGUUCAUAUGGGAAUGACUCCUAAUAUUGCUAUGAAAGACUUAAUAUCAAAAUGGUGCAGAAACAAUGGAGUCUCCAUUUCUGACCCAAACAGGCUAGUAGGAGGUUUUCACUCUUGGGAAGCUUCUAUGACUUCCAUCAAGAGUUUUGGAAGUUACAUAAAUAAUUUUAACUUGCCACUGGAUCUUAGUAACAUGUCUCUUGGAUCAUUGGAUACUAGUUACAAUUCAGAUGUCUUGCAUUCUAAGACCACUCGUGAGUCAAAUUUGAGGUCAAUAAUGACUAAUGAUGAUUCUCACAAACGUCAAGCUCAAGAACAGAUACGUGAAGCAAAUUUGCAGCUCUUGUCCAAACUGCAUGAUCUCCAAUGGGAUUCUCAAUGUCAGGUCAUUGAAGAUGUGAAAGAAAAUUUGAAAAGCAAUUACCAAGCUUUUUCUUCUGUAUCACCUCAGAAUUUCACUGAACCACUCAUCAGAUUUCUGAACAGUGCUUAUGAUCUGCAUGAUGUAAAAGCUCUCAGAGCUGGAACUCAGCUGCUGUUGGAAUUUGUCAACAACUGCAGAAAUGGUCUGAGUAAUUUCAGUGAAGAUGUAUUCACACUGUUGGCCAAUUUUCUUGAUUCAGAAGUGACAGGAGAAGCUCUUGCCGUAAUGGAAGAACUCUCUAGUUAUUUGCAUGGAAAAGCUAAAAUAGCAGCAUCCAAUGCACUCACUUCUAUUCUAAAUAUACUUAAUUCUGAUAACAAAGAGUUCCAACGACAAGCCAUUGUAAUAUUGUAUAAUUUAUCCUUCAAUGGUGAAGUUUGUCCCCUCAUGCUAUCUCUCAAGUGCAUCCCAACGUUGCUUCCAUUUUUCAAAGACAGGUCCCUUUUGAGAUACUGUAUAGUUAUAUUGAAAAAUCUUUGUGACACUGAAGAGGGUAGGAAUUCUGCUGUUGAAACCAAGGGUUUCAUAGCUUCUGUUGCCGAAAUACUCGAGACAGGAAGCAAUGAGGAAAAAGAACAUGCACUUGAAGUCCUAAUUUCUCUAUGUUCUCAACGCAUGGACUAUUGUAGAUUGGUUAUGAGUCAGUAUGUUAUCUCUCAUCUUUUCUAUAUAUCCAAGAAUGGAAGCGACAAAGGACAGGCAACUGCAUUGGAACUGCUCCGUCUUCUGCAAGAUGUGGAAGAUGUGGAAGAUGAUGAUUCCCUUGAACCAAAUCUCAACAACACCUCCGGAGAUUCAAACAGCCAACCUCAAGAGAGGAGAUCAUCAAAGGGAUCAAAAUUUCUGAAGAAACUACCCUUCUUAAAAACCAAGAGAUGAAACUGAAUUCUUCGGCUUUCCAGAUAUGUAUGUUUGUUAGAUGGAGCCUUGUGGAUAUGUCCCUGACAUUAGUUGUGUCUUUCUUGCAUUCUGUAGCAUUUAUUAGCUCUACAUAUUCAUUUGAAAUGGGUCUGCUGCUUAAUUUUGCACCCUAACCAGCAGGUUGUAUGAUGAUGUAUAGUUCUGCUUAUGAUUUUGAGGUAUUCUUUUGACAUUUCAAUUCAGGGCUUAUUAGUUGUUAAAGAUAGCAGGUAGUUUUGCCC